AUGUCAGCAACCAUUUUAUCCCUAAGCGAUGUUGAGCUCUUAGAUCGACAAAUUACCCAGCUAAUGGAUGGGAAAUACAUUUCAGAAGCUGAAGUAAAAACCCUUUGUGAGAAAGCGCGCGAAAUUCUUUCUGAAGAAAAUAAUGUUCAGCCUGUAAAAGUCCCUGUUACCAUAUGCGGGGAUAUUCAUGGCCAAUUUCAUGAUUUAAUAGAACUCUUCAGAAUAGGUGGCUAUCUUCCAGAUACAAAUUAUUUAUUUACGGGCGACUAUGUAGACAGAGGCUACUACUCAGUUGAAUGUGUAAGUUUACUAGUUUCCUUAAAAGUCCGCUACAGAGACAGAAUCACAAUUACAAGAGGGAAUCACGAAUCACGCCAAAUUACCCAAGUUUACGGCUUUUAUGAUGAAUGCAUGAGAAAAUAUAAUUCAGCCAAUGUUUGGAAAUACUUUACUGAUUUAUUUGAUUAUUUGCCUUUAACUGCACUUGUAGAAAACCAAAUAUUUUGUUUACAUGGAGGAUUGUCACCUUCAUUAGACACUUUAGACCAUAUAAGGCAGCUGGAUAGAAUUCAAGAAGUCCCACAUGAAGGAGCUAUGUGCGACUUAUUAUGGUCUGAUCCUGACGAAAAGCCUGGCUGGGGAAUCAGCCCAAGAGGUGCAGGAUUCACUUUUGGGCAGGAUAACUCUGAGCAAUUUAAUCACACCAAUAUAUACAUAAAAUGGCCGGAGACGAGCGGCCCGUCCUUCCGUGGCGGGUGUCCUUAUGUAUACCGGACAUGGUUUUUGGAUGCGGAGAGCUACUCAAGGGAAGAGUUAGCCUCGAGGCGAGAGGCCCAGCCCAAUUUCCGCUGAUUUUGGGACUCGACCCGGGCAGCAGUUUUUCGCAUUCUUUUUGCCAGUAGCGCCGAGGCCCAGACUCGGUGUCCGAAAGAGGCAGGGUGAGUUACCUGCCUAGGCUACUUGGUGGCUUAGCCCCGAAUCCCGUAAGGGGUAGAGUUCUUUCUUGGAGAUGAUCCGGGAAAGAGGGGAGGCGAAGCUAGACUUGGGGAUCUCAAGGGCACAAGUCUCUCCAGUUAAAAGGGUCCUCUCACAAGGGCGAUCUGGCCAACCGGAGGCAAAGACUGGCGUAAUUCGGGGCGGAAGGCUGAGUUGGAAAUGGUGGUGCCCAGCGACAGUCAGCUGACGACUCAAUAGGGCAACCCACUUCCGAGAAAUCAGGGGUUUCGGCCUGGGCUCAGAGAAUCAGUGAUGGAAGUCCAUCCUUUUCACUCGUGCCUCAAGGAGCGCGGAGGAAUACCACGCAUGGAAGUAGGGACUAUAAAUACACAUCUUAAACCUAACCUAACCUAACCUUAAUCACACCAAUAACUUAAAACUCAUUGCAAGAGCACAUCAGCUAGUCAUGGAAGGAUACUCUUGGUGCCAUGACAGAAAUGUGGUGACUAUCUUUUCAGCACCAAAUUACUGCUAUAGAUGUGGCAAUCAGGCAGGAAUUAUUGAAGUUGAUGAAAAUUUAAAUCAAAAUUUCAUACAGUUCGAUCCAGCACCAAGAAGGGGAGAGCCUAAUAUUGCGCAGAGAACGCCAGAUUAUUUUCUCUAA